AUGUUAUGUAGUUGGGUUGAGCUUCGCUCCAGUAAAAUACUUUCAAUGGUCGCUGGUGAAGUCCGAGAUCUUACUGAUUAUAAAACUUUUAUUGCAGUUUCGCCCACAAGAAAAACAAUUCAAACGAGUAAAAAACUCAAGGAUCGUCUACAAAAGCCUAUCAAGAAAAGCGGCACGGAUCCAGCAACUAGUCCUGAUGCAAGCAUAGCUAGCGCUGAAGAAAUUUUCAGAGCUAGUGACACUUCAUAUGCCAUAGAUAUGUCCCGAUCCCGAGAUCCAGCCUUCUCUCCCAGCACCGAUUAUCCUCGAAGAACGGAGCUAAAUCGCAGUGUGGAGGAUGCUGGAAAGGCUGAUGUAUCGCCAAAAGCGAGUGCUGAAGGCAGUCCCCGAACUGAAAACGUGCCGCGUCGCAUUACUGAUGCAUCUCACAGCGGUGACUCUGAUAUCUCUCGCGUGGUGGAUUUAUCUAGAACAGCGGACAUAACAGAGCAAAGUCUGGAGCCAACACGCAGCUUGAUUGAUACAAACAGAAGUUUUGAGCCGACUGGACGAAGCGCUGAUGCUACGCAUAGCAGAUCACUGGUACUCGAACCAGCACGAUCACCACAGGAAAAAACAGCUAGAUCACCUCCUCCUUCAACUUAUACAGAAUCGUUGUUGCUCGGACCACCGGAGCUGCAGCAGCCCUCCUCCAACGUGAACAGUAGCGAGGAAGCCAAAGGUUAUCAGCAUCACUUAACAAAACAGAAUGCAACUAAGAAGCUACUUUAA